CAUUCCUGACAUAAGAGAAAAAGAGAAACAUUAUUAAUGGACAUCAAACUAACAAUAUAUGUAUUGUAGGUUGCAUAUACUUGCUACCAAUAUUUACCGACAGGAUGGCCACAAAAAAAGCGUUAAAUUGUGGUCCAUGUGACUACAAACAUGAAACAAAGUCAGCAGUAAAAUGGUGUACAGAUUGUACAGAGGCUUUGUGUUCGACAUGCUUUGAAGCGCAUAAAAGUCUGAAAGUGUCAAGAAAUCAUAGUGUUAUUGCAAUAGAGGACCAUAAUACCCUGCAUGGAAUUAUAUUGGAUUUGCCGGAAACUCAAAGAUGUGACCUGCAUGGCAAGCUUUCGGAAUAUUUUUGCCCUUUACAUGACCAAGUAGUUUGUAUCAAAUGCAUCCAAACCAAACAUAAUCAGUGCACUGGUUGGUUGCCAAUCUCAGAAGCAGCAGAUGGUGUUAAAUCAUCGGUAUCAAAAGAGACGAUCAGUCAAGAUCUUGAGGACGUGAUUAGAAAUUUUGAAGAGUUGAUUGAUAACCACGAAAAAGAACAAAUAGCGAAUCAGAACGCUUGCAAAAUUUUAAAAGGUAAAGCUUCAAAAGUUGUUCAGAGUAUUAUUCAGAAAGUAAAAGACCUUGAAGCAGAAUUUGUCAAUACAGUUGAAAAACAGCAUCAAGAUAUUUCUGGCAGUAUAGGCAGCCGGACAAUGCAAUUUCAGGAUAAACUGCAAAAAAUAAAAGCUUUGAGAGACAAACUUAAUGGUUUAGAAGGUUAUGCUUCUGAUACUCACAUAUUUUUGAGCAUUCGUAAGAUUUCUAAAGAAUUGAACGAUAAUACCGAAGAAGUAAAAUCUUUAACUGAGGAGCCUGUUACUAUUUUGAAAGAACUCCAGUUAGCAGCCCCAAUUCAGACUUUUCUAUCGGAAGUUAAAUUGCUUGGCCAUGUUCAAAAUGACCAAAAACGUAUAGCAUUUCAACCAACAAAACUUCAUAAAGUUCAGUCUCAUGUUUCUGUUUCGGUCUCAAAACCAAUAGAAGAUAUAGAAAUACAGAAAAUAGUAAAGAUUAAUGUUUCUAAGUCGCAAACAUACAGCUCGAAACUUUGGAGCGCAGUUGUCUUGCCAAAUAGACAGUUAAUUUUCAAAUGGACUGAAAGUAAAAAUAUUGUCAUAUACACCUUAGAUGGAAAGUUUGUAAGAUAUCAACCUGUAAAUGACAACGUUAAAUAUAUGGCAAUCAUAGACUCAGAAAGACUAGCGUUCUCCUAUGAAAGAAGCAAUGAGGUUUGUAUUUUCAACGUGCAGACACUACAAACGGAAAAGAGAAUCGAUUUUAAGGAAAAAUGCUACGGAUUAUCAUAUGAUGGUAAGAACUUAUACGCAGCUGGAACGUCAACGAUACAUUGCGUUGAAAUGACAGAUGAUCUAGUGCGUAUAUCAUCAGUUCCAGUGAACACGAACUCUGUUGCUUUUCUAUCUGUCCAUGGAGAUAGACUUUAUUAUGCUAACUACGAUAAUCAUACCGUUUACUGUUCCGAGAAAAACGGAGAGGAACUAUGGUCUUUUAAAAAUGAAAUAAUGAAGUUUCCCAUUGGCAUUACAACAGACCAGUAUGGAAAUACAUACGUUGCAUGUACACAGUCAAACAACGUUCUUGUGAUUUCAGCUGACGGAAAAAAAUAUAAAGAACUACUUAACGCGUUUGACGGCCUUGUAAAUCCUAGAGCCAUAUUUUACGAGAAAAGUGAUAAUCGUUUACUUGUUUGUAAUAAUGAGAACGGACAAGCACUUUUGUGCACAAUAAAAUAAACAUUUUUUUGAAAAUUUAAUUUUUCGCAAUUUUGUGCUGAAUAUAUAUGAAAUAUUUGCAAGUGAAUGUUUAAAGACAAUAAAUCAAUCUCUAUCGCAAAGGUGGUCUAUAAUUGGUGAUUGUUUAAUUGAAGAUGAACACACUCAUGUGAAAUGUGGGAAAAGGACAGAAUGGUUUCCUUUUUCUUUUUUAAUAUAUCUUGGGUAGGAUAUUUAAAAAUUGCAUUUUGCUUUAAUAAAGGUUUAUAAUUUA